AUGAUGAUGCACCUCUGGAGGAGGAUGAGCAUUUUGUGGAUCCUUGGUCUUUCUUUGAGCAGCAGCUGGCUGUUUCUGAGGCCGCCGCAGCUUACACGAGUGCUCAGAGCCCGGAUUUCAUGCUGGGCAGCGGAGGCGGAGAUUUCCGCCGCCGACAUGGAAAGGGCAAAGAAGGAGAUUGCUGAGCUUGAAGAGCUUGCUGCCAAGGAGGAUGCCAAUGCUCAGUUCAGGCUUGGACAAGUCCUUCGAAAAGGGCGCUUUGUCGAACAGGAUCUCAUUCGUGCGUUCCAGCUGAUUUUUGACGCAGCUCAGCAAGAUCAUGUACGAGCUGAGUAUGUGUUGGGGACUAUGCUGAUUCGUGCAGAGGGCUGCGAGGAAGAUGUCGACACGGGUGUGAACUUUGUGUUAAUGGCAGCCGAGGAUGGCUAUGCUCCUGCACAGUUUGCAAUGUCCAAACUAUACUUGACCGGAGUCCAUCCGGGCGGAGAGGAUGCUCUUUCUGGCCUCUACUGGCUAAAGCGCGCGGCAUCAGAGCAUGUUCCAGCACAGCUGAAGUUGGGUGAGAUGCUGCUCAAAGGCGAGGGCGUCAAACGUAACGAGACGUUAGCUGCUCGUUACUUCAUGCUAGCAGCGAAAGAAGGAUCUGUGCAGGCCCAGGAAGUCGUGGGCCAACUUUUGCGAACUGGUACUGGCUUGGCGAGAGACGAGGCUUUAGCGUGGACUUGGCUCUCCAAGGCAGCAGAUCAGGGCAAUGAGGAGGCAUGCCUGACACUCGCUGCUAUGUGCCGGAAGGGCGAGGGGUCGCCCCGCGAUCCUGCAGCUGCCCUUCGUUGGUUUGAAAAGGCUGCGAAGAGUGGCAAUCCAGAAGCUGCCAACGAGCUCGGGGUGAUGUACCUUUGUGGUGAAGGAACAAUGUCCGAUGAGGCAGCUUCUGCGUAUUGGUUUCAGCGCGCCACUGAGCUGGAGGAGCAACGACUUGCCGAUGCCACAUACGGCAUAUGA